GACCAACCGGCGGACUUGCCGACGACCAAGAAGCAGUACGGACAGCUGAUCUAUCGCACUCAUCGGUGAAAUGCCAUCUUACUACGACGUCGAUGACAUCCUCAUGGAGGAGGAGCCUAUUUCGGCUGUUUUCCAAGUAACUGCAAAUGGCGUGGGUCUGCUAGAUCCCGGUGCUGAGAGAAACAGUGUUGAAAAAGGUGCGAAGGUAGACCUUCCAUUCUGGCUUGCACACGGGAUGCUGUCUCUAGAACAAGCGGUGUCAAUAAAUGUACCCCCUUGCUUCACCCAGAAAACUCGCAAGGAGAUCCAAGCUGAUGCAGCCUGUGUUGAUUUGAGGGUUCGGUGCCCUUACUUCUAUGAGCUAGGAUGCAAGAUUGUUCCUUUGGUGAGCGACAAGAGCAUUGGCCAGUUCCUGCGCUACGCCUUCGUAAGCAGGUACAAGGAGAUACUGAGCAAAUCGCACAGCUCCUCCACGACGACAGUGCCCAAGUUCACCCCACGACUAACAAAAGAAGAAGCUCGAGUGUUCGACUCCGCCAGGGAAUCAAUGACCGCUUUCAAGAAAUGGCGCGUUGGAGGCGCGAGGCUGCAGAAGGCGUCCAUCCUUGGCAGGAAGAGGAAGACAAAGCUUCCUGAUGGGUCCUCUACAUCCUGAAGUAACUGUGGCUAGCGGAGGAAUGAAGUGCUGGAGCUGGUGUUAUGUAUGUACACUGAUUGUUCUGGUACGUGAGAAAUGAAAAGAAAGGCAAAAUAUAGGUUCGAGGUCA